AUGGGUGGUGUUUGUGUGCGCGAUGUGGGACAUGGCAUUCGCAGGCACCUCUUACAUGUUCGUGAGCAUAUCGCCGGUGAUAAAGAGCAGCAUGGGUUUCAACCAGAAGCAGGUGGCGUUGUUGAGCGUGGCCAAGGAUUUGGGAUCUUCCAAAAUGUUCUCGGUUAUGGCCUUGUUUGGCUUCUCGUCACGCACCGCAUUCGGUCUCUGCCUUUCUAG